CAGUGUUACAGAAUAUCACUAACCAUGAACAAAAUGAAGAUGAAGCUGCCUGAGCGGAUCCUAAAUCACACCCUGGAGAUUCUCUACCUGCUGACGGGAGAGCGUGUGACUAACUCACUGACAGCGAGUCACAUGACCGCGGACAAGAUGGCAACAGAGAGGAUACUGACCCACACCCUGCAGAUCAUGUACCUGCUGACCGGGGAGGUGCCUAUAAAGUGUGAUGACGUUGCCGUGUAUUUCUCUAUGGAGGAGUGGGAGUAUAUAGAGGGACACAAGGAGCUUUACAAGGACGUCAUGAUGGAGACUCACCAAGCACUAAGGACUAUGGAGAUCCCAGGAAGUGAGAGCUCAGAUCACAGUGAUGAAAAUCUAGACACAGGAACACAUGCAGAACGUGUACAGAAUAUUCAGCCAAUGGAGACCCCAUUAGCUAUCGCUGCAGACGUGAGGGGACUAAGAUUUAGUCAGAAAAUAGUGGAGGAGCAAGUGAAUAUAAAGUGA